AUGAACGAUGCGAAGUUAACGUCACUUGAAACGCGAACGUGUCAACUGUUACCGGCACAUGAGAUAGGCGGUCCCGACACGAUUGAUGAUUUAACAACAGUCGGUUGGUCAUCAGAUUUGUGGGAUGAUCCCUGCCAAUCACUCCUCUUUGGUCGAACCGAGACUCAUUAUUUUUUGCGUGAACUUGACUUAGGCCUUGAUGAGGAUGACUUUAAAAUUCUUCGCAAAGAAAAAAUAGAUAGUAUGAAACGGGGACCUGCUAUGAAGCUUGAAAAACAAGCUAAAAUAUUUAAGGAGCAAACGAGGACUCUCAAAAAAGGCAAAAUCGAAUACUCCUGGCUCUUUCCAUCCCAAACACGCACUUUACAGUUCCUAGGGAAAGUACAUAUUAUGUUGAAAUGUAUUGGAUCCGUGAAUUGGUUAAGAAAAACCCAUGGAUAUGAAAUUACCGGCCAGUGGCAUCUCGAACAAGUUUGUGAUGACGGAGAUUACCGUCAUCUUUAUUGCGACCUAAUUAUAAAGAAACCUGAUAGUUCGCGUCUGGAAGCUCUUGAACUCUUGUAUACAGAGCAACUUCACCCCCAAGAAAUUUGGAUCGAACACUUGUCUCGUGAAGAUUUUGUUAUAACCAAUCUAUACUGGCCAUGUGAAAAGCUUCAUGAAAAGGGAUUAAAUGCCAUUCACUUCUGGCAUGAUAAAGAAUUUAAAAAUGCGAGGAUGAGUGCCAGACUUUGGGAUAUCAUUGGCAAGUUCUGUGAAAUUAUAGAUGAGUCAAUUCUUUCGGUUGUACC